AUGGGGGGCAAAAACAAGAAGAGAAAGAGAGAAGAAAUUCGACCCACCAUUCACCCCAACAACAAGUACUCUGAAAACCCACCUGAUUUCGCUCAUUUAGCUUCUCUCUACCCAUCCUUCCAACCUUUUGUUCAACACUCUCAUAACGGCUACCCUAGAAUCGAUUGGACCGAUUUCAACGCCACUCGCGAACUCACCCGUGUCUUACUCCUCCAUGAUCACUCUCUCUACUGGUGGAUUCCUGAUGGACAGCUCUGUCCCACUGUACCCAAUAGGUCUAAUUACAUUCAUUGGCUUCAAGAUCUUCUCUCAUCGAACAUCAUUCCAAACACCAUUUCAUGUGGUGAUAAUUGUAAGGUUAGAGGAUUUGAUAUAGGAACUGGAGCCAAUUGCAUUUAUCCACUUCUCGGUUCAUCCCUUUUGGGGUGGAGUUUUGUAGGCUCAGAUGUAACGGAUGUUGCGAUUGAGUGGGCAGAGAGAAAUGUUAAUAGUAAUUCACAUGUGUCUGAGUUGAUUGAAAUUAGGAGGGUGCAAAGCAAUGCAACUAGUUCCUGUGUGGAAGGGUUGUUGCAGGAUGAAGAGUCGCCGGUCCUUAGUGGCACGGAGGUAGAGCCUUUACCAAAAUUGCCUCUUGAUUUGAAUGCAUGUGAGAAUAAGAAUUAUGAUGGGCCGCCCAUACUUGUUGGUGUAGUCAGGGAUGAUGAGAAGUUUGAUUUUUGCAUGUGUAAUCCUCCAUUUUUUGAAAGCUUGGAGGAAGCGGGACUUAAUCCCAAAACGGCUUGUGGUGGCACUUCUGAAGAAAUGGUUUGCUCUGGUGGGGAGAAGGCCUUCAUUACUCGCAUUAUUGAAGAUAGUACUCAACUGAAACAUCAGUUUAGGUGGUUCACUUCAAUGAUAGGUAGAAAAUCAAACCUCAAGUGCCUUACAUCAAAACUUUGGGAAGUUGGAGUCACUGUAGUGAAGACAACUGAAUUUGUUCAGGGCAGGACAUCCCGAUGGGGGCUUGCUUGGUCUUUCUUGCCUAUUGUGAAACAGAAGUCAUCGAUUUCUUUGCCAAACAAGAAUACCAUGUCCUUCAUGCUUGAGGGUCUUCAACGCAAGGAUGGGGCCAUUAAUGUGUUGGAAGAUGUCAAGUCUUACUUUUCCUUGCAUGGUCUCUCCUGCACAAUGAACACCUCCUCUUUCACGGUGGAUGUUGUGGCAACAAAGGAUGACUGCAAUUCAAUCUUGAAGAAUGAAAUGCCCAUUAUCAAUCAAUCCACUGAUUAUCAACCUACAGAGAAAAAGACAUCUAAUGGAUCAAGUGUUAAUCUCUCUUGUGAUAGAUCAAGCCUUCGUAUAUCGGUUUUUCAGCAAAUCCCUGGGACACUGUUGGUGAAAGGUUCAGUACAAGAUAAGAACAGCCCAUUAUUAGGAUCAUUCUCAGUGAUUUUCCACAAACUGGAAGAAGCGCUGCGAAAUAAAUUUUGUACCAGAUCAGUAUAG